UGCAGUUUGUUGAUCGUCGGAGACUCCAAUUAAUUUAUUUUUUUCUUUGGUCUGCGAUUCGUCGGCGAGAAAUGACGUCGGCUUAAGUAAUUAUUUUACUGGAGGCACAGACUCUUCUCUAUCUGCCCCUCGCUUCCUCUAUACGUUCAUCUUCAGACUCGCUUCUUUCGACAUAUAGAACAUUGGGGGAUCUCAUUCGGUAUCAGCUGUAAUCUUUACGUCUCUUUCUUCCUUUGGUCUCCUCUCGUCUCUCAUUCCAAUCAUCGACUUACAGGAUGCGUUGAGGCUAUACAGGCAUGCGAGUUGAUCGAGGAGGAAUUCACCUUUCCAUGCUGGUCACGUCCCUACGCACAUUACUGGAAACACCAUGGACUCUCAUUCUCCUCUCCGUCGGGUCCCGACCAACACGUCUGAUACCGCGAUUGAUGACCAUUCGGCUUCUUCAUCAGCCACUUCUUCACGACCUUACUUUCCGACUGGACGGACACCAUCGACCCAUUCUUUGUUGGGUUCCCAUAAGAAUGCAGAUGUGCGAAAGGCUGCCCAGACGGGGACCUCCAGUGCUUCAGCCGACCGCUCCAGCAUAAGUAUGCCACCUCCUAUGACCAAACCGAGCGCAGAGAGAAGGUUGUCUACGUCGCUUUCUUCUAAUCGGCCGCAUCGAAGAUCAGAGGACAUGGCCAGAAGUCCACCAGCGUCUGUCAAGAGCUUAGAUGGCGACAGUUCUGCCUUUGGUUCCUCUCCUACCGCUCAGAGGUCUACAACAGCUCAUGACUCUACCGUGGUCACAACUGGCUCUACUCCCAAUAACCCUGGUCUGCCGGUGCUAUCACCUCCCGCCCUCAAUCCAAGCAUGCGUAAUCAGGAUGGUCUAGCAUCAACAGUGCACUCACUGAUCACAUCCCCAACUUCUGCUCCUAAGGUCGAUACGUCUGUGCCGGCUGGACAAACCCUACCAACCCCAGUCAAACCUGAUGGCUCCGAGACUGCUUUGCCCAGCAGGCCAGGUCGAGCUAUCAAGCCCCGCUCAAUUUCUUCGAGUCGACGACUCAGUGGUACGGCUUCAUCGAAGAACGACAGCAUUAUCUCCGAGAAACCGGAGCCGAUAGGAAGGAUUGGAGUCUGUGCGCUCGACGUUAAAGCCCGAAGUCGACCUAGUCGACAGAUCUUGACUCGUCUUCAAGGAGAGGGAGAAUUUGAGGUUAUUGUUUUUGGUGACAAGGCAAUCCUUGACGAAGAAGUGGAAAACUGGCCCAUAUGUGAUUAUCUGAUAUCGUUCUUCUCGGAAGGCUUCCCACUGGAUAAAGCAAUCGCUUACGUCAAGUUGCGAAAGCCUUUCGUUGUCAACGAUUUGCCCAUGCAGAAGAUCCUCUGGGAUCGAAGACUAUGCCUGAAAAUCCUGGAUCAGAUGCAUAUCCCGACGCCCAAGCGUAUCGAAGUGAAUCGGGAUGGCGGGCCAAUAUUGGAAUCUCCUGAACUUGCUCAGCACGUUGUUAAUAUGACAGGAGUGGUUUUGGAAGGCCCUGAAGACGGUACUGGCGGUGGCACACCCCUAACACAGUCGGUGGAGUUAACCGACGAUGGUGACACAUUGGUCGUGGAUGGAAAACCCUUCAAGAAACCUUUUGUGGAAAAGCCGGUCAGUGGAGAAGACCACAAUGUCAUCAUCUAUUUCCCCAAGGACCAGGAAGGUGGCGCACGAAGGCUUUUCCGGAAGAUUGGCAACAAGUCUUCGGAGUACGACCCUGAGCUGAUAGUACCUCGGUCUGUCGCAGAGCCCGAUAGCAGCUACAUCUACGAACAGUUCCUAAGGACGGAAAAUGCCGAAGACGUCAAAGCCUACACUGUCGGCCCCAACUACUGUCAUGCAGAGACCAGAAAGUCACCUGUUGUCGACGGCUUGGUGCGACGAAACACCCACGGAAAAGAACUUAGAUACGUGACAAAACUCAACGAAGCCGAGCGAGAAAUGGCUUCAAAGGUCGCAAUAGCCUUUGGUCAACGCAUUUGUGGUUUCGAUCUGUUGCGGACCGGCAACUCAAGUUACAUCAUCGACGUCAACGGAUGGAGUUUCGUCAAGGACAACGAAGACUAUUACAACGACUGCGCGAAGAUUCUGAGAGGCAUGUUCCUUGCUGAGAAGUUCAGAAUCGAAAACGGCCUGUCGGAUGAGCAGGUGCCAGAUUCAAACGGUGAGCUCCACUCACGACAACAAAGUACGAGCCACCCACAUCGGGCGGCGCUCAGAACAAUUCUGAAAUCGCCAAGUAUGAGUAAACUAUCCCAGCACCUACCUCAUCCAUCUCGACAUCAUGCUUCCACUGCCGUCAACUCACCAAGAUCCUCCUCCAUGACGACACCAUUGAGUUCGCCGCCUAGUGUUGAACGGAACAUGAACGGUCCUGUGAUGCCAGCCAGGAUCGACAACACUGAAGUUCUCCCACCACCAGUCAUAGACACGACAGCCGUCAAUGGCACUGCGUCAGAUGCGGUAGUGUCUGCCAAAGAGCCAGAGGCACAAGUUCCUCUCCCAAGUUCGAAGCACUCCUGGAAGUUGAAGGGCUUCGUCACAGUUAUCAGACACGCUGACAGGACACCAAAGCAGAAGAUCAAGUUUACAGCUCACUCCCAGGUCUUUGCUGACCUUUUGAAAGGCCAUCACGAAGAAGUGCUGCUGAAAGGUGAGGCUGCUUUGGCAAGUGUCGAAGCAGCAGUGAAAAUCGCGCAACGAGACCGUCUUGAGGAUCCGGAGAAGUUGCACAACCUGCGGAUAGCCCUCUCCAAAAAGGGGUCACAGCCUGGAACAAAGGUCCAGAUCAAGCCCAUGUUCCGGAAAAGGAAGCCCGAAGAGAUGUCCUCGGCAGAGAACGAGCAAGCUACCAGUCCAACCGGUCUUUUCCUAUCUGAAGAGGACCAACCUUUGUCAGAGUCACCUCGGGGCGGGAGAUCGAGCUCCGUGACCGAGUCCAACAAGCUGCGCAAGCUUGGGACUAGAAGCGAUUCUAUAUCCGGCGCAACAUUUUCACGAUUUUCUGCGGCAGAAAAUGACCUCGUCCUGGACAAAUUGCAGCUGGUCAUGAAAUGGGGAGGAGAGCCGACACAUGCUGCACGCUAUCAGUCGCAGGACCUGGGAAGCAACAUGCGAGAUGACUUCAAACUGCUCAAUAGAGAGGUGCUGAAUGAUGUCCGGAUUUUUACGAGUUCAGAGAAACGUGUCAAGACUAGUGCGCAAAUCUGGGCUGCUGCAUUUUGUGACCGCCAGGAUAUUCCCGAAGACUUCAUUACAGUGCGAAAGGACCUCUUGGAUGACUCCAAUGCAGCAAAGGACGUCAUGGACAAGGUCAAGAAGAAGCUCAAGCACCUUCUCCGCGAAGGGACUGUUCCUGAAGCAUUUGCAUGGCCUAAGGAUGCUCCAGAGCCAUACGCUGUGAUGCAAAAUGUUGUUGACCUUCUCAAAUUCCACCGAAGAGUCAUGAGACAUAACUUCAAGAAACUUGCCACUGGCGCUGCUGCUUCGCUUGCUGCCCUGAAUGGCGUGGGUGAGACCAAGGACGCCAACAACAAGGAAGCUGUCUCGGUGGCCUCGAUACAAUCCCGGUGGUGUACCGGUGAAGAUCCAGAGCUGUUCAAGGAACGGUGGGAGAAGCUGUUUACCGAGUUUUGUGAUACUGAAAAAGCGGACCCCAGUAAGAUCUCUGAAUUAUACGACACGAUGAAGUACGAUGCACUCCAUAACAAGCAGUUUCUGGAAUGGAUCUUCACGCCCAGCCAAGCCUUCCUCGACGAACUCGCUAAGGAGGAAGGCCUCGCAUCGGGCAGUGUUCUUUCUGAACAAGAGCAAGCUGAUGAGUCGAUUUCCACUUCCCCUGGCAGCAAGAACCGUCAUGAUAGCACCCUUUCAACGUCAGCCAGCAGUACCGACAAGCAUUCUUUUGCUCAGAAGAUUGGAUUGAGGCGGCAGUCUAUCCUUAAGCCCACACCGCCUGCUCCGCCACUGAACACAUGGGAACAGGGAGCUUCCUACUUCAAGCUUUUCAGUGGCUCUCCUGAAAACAAAACGAGUCUUGACCAGCGACUGGGCCGACUGAGAGAAUUGUUUCGCUACAGUAAGAUCUUGUUUGACUACAUUGGGCCGCAAGAGUAUGGUAUCAGCGACGAGGAGAAACUUGAGAUUGGCCUACUGACGUCUCUUCCCUUGCUUCGUGAGAUUGUCGAUGAUCUGGAAGAGUUGCAGGCCUCGGGUGAUGCCAAGUCAUUCAUCUACUUCACGAAGGAGUCUCACAUUUACACACUCCUUAACUGCAUCAUGGAAGGAGGCAUCCAUACCAAAAUCAAGCGAUCGACCAUUCCCGAGCUCGACUACCUGUCACAAAUCUGCUUCGAACUCUAUGAGGCUAAGGAUGCCGACACUGAGGAGUCGACCUAUUCGAUCCGCAUCUCCAUUUCUCCAGGUUGUCACACCGUGGACCCUCUCGACGUGUCCCUUGACUCUAAGCACGCCAUUGGGUCCGCGCCGAGACGGUCGUUGACCAAUCACCAAGAUUGGAAGGAGGUAUUAUCGACGCUCAAGGCCAAAUUCAACACAGUCCAAUUACCGAAGAGUUUCCUGGCGAUAAACGUGAGCGACAAGCACGAAGAAGAAGCCGAGCGAAGAGCUAGCUACCUGCAGAGCGAGGCUGCAAGGGAAAAGUAUGAACGUGGUCAAGAUGGCGAGGGAGACGCCGCUAUAUCGAACCAACAGGAGGGCCCUAAUGGCGUUCAAGACGUGAACGCCGUCUCAGACACCGAGCCACUGCCGCCGCGGGAUGUGACUGCUGCAGACUCGACCGGAGUCGAGCUAGGAGGAGCGUGAGGUAGAUUCCUACUUUUGGCCGCACCAAGUUGAACUGCACAAAAGAAAUGAUGCACGAGUGGUGGCAGUGCACCUUGUUUAGAGGUGGGGAUUUGUCUCACGUGUGGUUUCCUGUUCAGCUUGCCUCGAAGAUCCAGCCUCUGCUUUUUGGAACUCCAAUCAGUAGCAAAGACGUGGGCCAGACACGAGAAGGGAUGGUGAUGAGGCGUCUAUGUUUGGAGGCUACAGUCUAGUAUUGUUCAUAGAGAGAUUACUUCAUGUACAUAUAUCUCGCACACGCACCGUUCAGUCGAGUUUUC